CAAGUUUAUGAAUGAUUUACUCUUCAGGGCGGCAGGACCUAAUGCAAAUGAGCAGAGGGAACUGUCAGCUGCACUGUGGUCAACCAAUAGAAGCACAGCUCCAUCUUGGCUGUUCACAAGACUGCAUUACAGACGAUACCAUUGCUUCAACAGCAUCCUUCCAGACAAGAGAUUCCAAAGAGCAACACAGAAGUGGAAUUUCUAAGAAUGGCUUCUAGCCACUGGAAUGAAACCACUACCUCUGUUUAUCAAUACCUAGGUUUUCAAGUUCAAGAAAUUUACCCCUUCCAUGACAACUGGAACACUGCCUGCUUUGUCAUCUUGCUGUUGUUUAUAUUCACAGUGGUGUCCCUAAUAGUGCUGGCUUUCCUUUAUGAAGUGCUUGACUGCUGCUGCUGUGUCAAAAACAAAACUGUGAAAGACCUGACAAGUGAACCUAACCCACUUAGAAGUAUGAUGGCCAACAUCCGAAAGCGUGACACCGAAGUCGUCUAGCCUUCCACCGAAGGAGCACACAAGCUGUAAGGGCAGCCUUCAGCCUCUGCUGAGAAAGUCACCUGUUACUACAAAACUGUUUCUGACUUAAGACUAGAUAUAAGAUUUCUAGUACAAAAGAAAAACAAGUGAAAAUUUCACUUUUUGUGUGGGAAUGUCCUUCAUUAAAUAUACAGUUAAAAUUCAUAAA